AUGGCCUUUCCAUACAAACAGGUGCUCAUGAUCGGCGCCACUGCUGGCAUCGGCGCCGCUCUGGCCGAUCGACUCAUUCUUGAGGGCGUCAAAGUCAUCGCGGUUGGCCGGAGACAAGAGCGACUGGAUGCAUUUGUGCAGAAGCACGGCAAGGAGAAGGCCAGCGCGGUCCGCUACGACAUCAGUGACAGGGAAGGUAUGGAUACGUUUGUGUCGACUGUGACCAAAGCGUAUUCCGAGCUGGACUGCGUUUUCUUGAAUGCCGGCGUGCAGAGCACCAUCAAUCUGGCACGGCCAGAGAAGAUCGACCUUGCCGCGUUUCACUCGGAGGUGUCAACCAACUUUUCUUCAUUCGUCGAUCUCAGUAUCAAGUUCCUGCCGUUUCUGAUGGCCAAGGAAAGUCAGACAAGCCUGAUCUACACCAGCUCCAACUUGGCGUACGUUCCCGCAUCAGGGCUGCCUGCAUACUCCGCCUCCAAGGCUGCUUUGAAUGCCUUCAUUCUCUGUCUUCGUGACCAGCUGAGGAACUCCUCGGUUAAGGUGAUCGAAUUGUCACCACCUGUCGUCCAAACUGAAUUGCAUGAUUACAUGGGUCAGGAGAAAGGACGGCAGAUGGGUAUGCCGGUUGGAGAAUUCACAGAUAUUGCGUACCAAGAGCUGGUCUCUGGAAGUGACCAAAUCAUCAUCGGCACUAUCGCGGGUCCGGCGGAGGAUUUUCAAGAUGUCGUCAACAAGAGAAGAAAAGCCUUUGAGACUCUUGCACAGUUCAUGAGAGGAAGAAAGUGA